UCCCUAAUGGUCACGUGGCCACUACUUGUAAAACAAACAAAGAAUAGCCACGGAUUAUAUAGCUAGUAAAGAAGUAAAUGAAAGUCCACUAAUAAUGUAUUAUACAUCUACUAGAAUACUACAUUUACUAUGGAUAUAUCUGCUCUGUCUUACCCUGCUGAGCCCCUAUUCAUUUGCUGGUAAAAUGAAGAUUGUUGAGGAACCAAAUACAUUUGGGCUCAACAAUCCCUUUUUGGCCCAAGGAAGUAGACUCCAGCCCAAGGUGACUCCAGGCCCAGUGUCAGGACCAGCACAUCUCCGCCGACUAGCAGGAAAGUGCUUCAGUUACAUAGAGUCCACGUAUAAAUAUGAAUUCUGUCCAUUCCACAACAUCACCCAGCAUGAGCAGUCAUUCAGGUGGAACGCUUACAGUGGCAUACUGGGAAUCUGGCAGGAGUGGGAGAUUGUGAACAACACCUUUUUGGCCAUGUGGAUGAGAGAGGGAGAUGCCUGUGGGAAUAAAAAUAGGCAAACAAAGGUCAUUCUGACCUGCGGUGGAAGUAGCAAGUUGGCUCAAGUGUCAGAGCCCACUACCUGUGUGUAUUCUCUAAGCUUUGAGACCCCACUUGUAUGCCACCCACAUUCUCUCUUAGUGUACCCAACUCUGAGUGACAAGCUGCAGAUGGAAUGGGAUGAAAUCGAACAGGCCCGCUAUGAGAACCUCAUUACUGAGCAGGGCUACAAUAAUCUACUGAGGGAUAUUUUUGAGGAUGCUGGUUUCCUAAAGAACCAAAAGGUAAAGGAGAAGCCGGAUAUCACAACUACCUCAAAGACGCAUGAUUCCUUGCAGAAGUGCAAUGAGGAUGUCCGUAAACAGAGGGAAGAGAUUGAGAGAUUGCAAGGUCUCCUCACUCAACACAACAUUCCCCAUGAGUCAAAAGCAGCUAAGGCGAAGAUUCCAGUGAGUGUGACUGUGCAAAAUCGGCACCUGAGAGGGGACAACGGCCUCAUCGCAGACCUACUCUGAGGAUUCCAGACAUUUACACAAAAUAUUGCAGGCCACUAACUGAACAGCAGAGAAGGCAGAUGUCACACAAUAAACAUGGCAAUUACACAUUAGAGAAUUCAAGUUAAAAAAAAAAAAAGUUUAUUCUAAAUACAAUUUUAGAUAAACAACCAUGUUUUCUUGACUGUGAGGUGUAUCUGUACUCCCCAAUGGCAUAGCUACAUCCUUAGAAUAUUUAUUUUUCAACUCUAUUGUCUGUCUGGACAGAAAUCAUACAUACCUCUGCUAUCAAAGGAAGUACACUGAAGAUGUAAAUUGUUUGAUCCAGAAAAUACAUUUAAGAAAAUGAAAAGUUACAGCCUUGAGCUAGGCAAGUCAGGUAAGAACAAAUUGUUAUUUACAAUGACUGCCUUCCCUGGCCAAACCCUCCCCUAACCCGGAUGACGCUGGGCCAAUUGUGCGCAGCCCUAUGGGACUCCCGAUCACAGCCAGUUGUGAUACAGCCCGGGAUCGAACCAGGGUUUGUAGUGAUGCCUCUAGCACUGAGAUGCAGUGCCUUAGACUGCUGUGCCACUCGGGACCCCAAAUGCCAAUUAUUUUGUCAUAUGACAUUAAAAAGGUGCUUAAACAGG